CCGCCUACUUGCCAAGAACCAGGAAAUAGUCAUGAUAUUUUGAUAGGUGACUCUCAGUUGAUAUUGGUCAUUGUGAAAUACUUACUUUUCUAUUAGUUUCGUGGCCGACGGAGUUUGUCGCAGUUAUGGCAUCGUUAUUCAAGAAAAAGACCGUAGAUGAUGUUAUUAAAGAACAGAACAAAGAGCUGCGGGGAACGCAGAGACAGAUUACAAGAGACCGGACAGCACUGGAAAGACAGGAAAAACAACUGGAGAUGGAAAUCAAGAAAAUGGCUAAAACAGGGAACAGAGAGGCCUGUACAGUUUUAGCCAAGCAGCUUGUGCAAGUGAGGAAACAGAAAACGCGUACGUAUGCUGUCAGCUCUAAGGUCACCUCCAUGUCCACACAAACCAAGCUUAUGAACUCCCAGAUGAAGAUGGCUGGUGCCAUGGCCACAACCACCAAAACAAUGCAAGCUGUCAACAAAAAGAUGGAUCCACAGAAGACCAUGCAGACCCUGCAGAACUUCCAGAAAGAAACAGCAAAAAUGGACAUGACAGAAGAGAUGAUGAACGACACUCUGGAUGAGAUCUUUGAUGAUUCUGAUGAUGAGGAAGAAUCUCACGACAUUGUGAGUCAGGUGUUGGACGAAAUUGGAAUUGAGAUCUCAGGAAAGAUGGCUCAUGCCCCUUCAGCUGGCCGAAAGCAACCAAGUGCCGCCACAUCCAAAGCAGAUGGGAUAUCAGAUGCGGAGAUUGAGAGACAGCUCAAAGCCCUUGGAGUGGACUAGUGCUCAUGCACACACACACAAACACCUGAUUAUUGCCUGGCAACAGGAGGCAACAACACACUAUGCUCAGAUUCACAGACACACAUUUGAAUACAUCCAUGCCGAAAACAAAUGCCCACAUACACACGGAUGCUAAUAAACGGACAGACUAAAAGCUUA